GCCAGGCGAGCGUAAUAGUAUUCCUCCGAGCGGAGGCCGAAUUAAGCGGUUGCUCGGUGGUGGCUCCGCUCCAGAGGGGGCCGUGCCGGGAAGGGAUCCGGGCGCCGGGCUUUGCUGCGCAGCAGGGCGGGGCCUGGCUGGGGGUGGCUCGGGAAGUUGCCGAAGUUGGGCAGAGAGUGGAGGGACGGAGCCAGCGAGCGCCUGCCUGCCUGCUCGGGCCGGGCCUUCCUGGGUGCUGCUCUUCCCCCUCCCGCCCUCUCUUCCCUGUCCGGCCGGUGCAUGAUGGAAGCAGCAUGGCCGCUCAUCUUUCCUUAACGCAGCUGUCAAGUGCAAAUCCUGUGUACGAGAAGUUCUAUCGACAGGUUGAUCCUAGUAACUCUGGGCGGGUGUUGGCUUCCGAUGCAGCUGUCUUCCUUAAAAAAUCAGGACUGACAGACUUGAUACUUGGGAAGGUUUGGGACCUUGCUGAUACAGAUGGCAAAGGAAUCUUAAACAAACAGGAGUUUUUUGUGGCUUUACGACUUGUUGCCUGUGCACAGAAUGGAUUGGACGUUUCACUGAGCAGUCUUAACUUGCCUGUUCCUCCACCUAGAUUUAAUGAUUCCUCUAGCCCUUUAUUAUCUGGGGGAGCGCCAGCUGAUAUCCCAUGGGCUGUUAAGGUAGAAGACAAGGCCAAAUAUGAUGCUAUCUUUGACAGUCUGAACCCAGUGAAUGGAUUGUUGUCAGGCGAUAAAGUGAAACCUGUUCUGCUGAACUCCAAACUGCCAGUUGACAUCUUGGGAAGGGUUUGGGAGCUCAGUGACAUUGACCAUGAUGGAAUGUUGGAUCGGGAUGAAUUUGCAGUUGCCAUGUUCUUGGUGUACUGUGCUCUUGAGAAGGAACCUGUGCCAAUGUCUUUGCCUCCAGCAUUGGUGCCACCUUCUAAAAGAAAAGGUGUCAGUAUUGCAGGUGGAGUGCAUUUGUUGCCACCUUCAGCAUCCAGUAAAGAGUCCCAUCAGUCCAUGCCACCUGUAAGCCUCAAAGCACCAUCACCACAGUGGGUUGUAUCACCUGCAGACAAGAUAAAAUACCAUGACAUUUUUUUGAAAACUGACAAAGACAUGGAUGGCUUCGUCUCUGGUGUGGAGGCCAGAGAAUUAUUCUUAAAGACCGGCCUGCCUUCUGCCUUACUUGCACACAUCUGGGCUCUAUGCGAUACAAGGGAUUGUGGGAAGCUUUCCCAGGAACAGUUUGCCUUGGCCUUCCAUUUCAUCAAUCUGAAGUUGACAAAGGGCAUUGAUCCUCCUCAGGUGCUAACUGCAGAUAUGAUCCCUCCGUCAGAGAGAACUGCUCAACAAAAGAACAUGCUAGGACCAAGUCCUGUUGCAGACUUUUCAGCAAUCAAAGAGCUGGAUACUUUAAGCAAUGAAAUAGUUGAACUACAGAGGGAAAAGAAUAAUGUGGAGCAAGAUCUAAAGGAAAAAGAAGACGCAAUCAAACAGAGGACAAAUGAGGUCCAGGAUCUUCAGGAAGAAGUAAAAAGGGAGAGCAAUAAUUUGCAGGCGCUGUUGGCUCAGAAGCAGGAAGCAGAGGAAAUCCUUAAUAAUCUUGAUGACGAGAAAGCCAAGCUGGAACAGCAACUUAAUGUAAUCCGGCAGAAAUGUGCUGAAGAAGCUGAUUUGAUCUCAUCACUAAAGGCAGAAAUAACUGAUCAGGAGUGCAAAAUCUCCACAUAUAAAGAUGACUUGAAUAAAGCUCAAGAAGAGCUUGGCAGGCUGCAGCAGGAAACAGCAGAGCUAGAGAAGUGUGUCGAGACGGGGAAAUUGCAGCUGGGGCCUCUUCAGGAGGGUCUUCAGGAGUCACAACAAGAAAUCACUUCAGUGCAAACAAAACUAUUUGAACUCAAAGAGUUGGAAAACGGCCUCUUUAACUGGGAGCCUCAGCCACAGAACACACUACUUAAUGGAAAUGGCAACCAUUCAAGCCUCAGCAACAGUAGCAGUGAAACUGCUAACUUUAAUGAGAAUGCCGAAAGAGAGAAUUCAGCAGAUUCUGAACAAAUAAAUCAUGAACCUCCUGCCAGGAAUAGUCCAGAAACAACACAUGCAGAAGCAGAAGCAGAAGUAGAAGAAGCGGAGGUUGUGCCACCAGAUGUUACCAAAAAAGGAGAUCCAUUUAAUGAAGAAUCCCAUCAGCUCUCUGAUCAGGCUGAAGGCUCCAAUUUAGACUUCUUUGAGGCUGACCCCUUUGUUGGUAGUGAUCCUUUCAAGGAUGACCCUUUUGGGAAGAUUGAUCCUUUUGGUAGUGAUCCUUUCAAAGGUUCAGAUCCUUUUGCAGCUGACUCCUUUUUCAAGCAAUCAUCCACAGAUCCUUUUGGAAGUAUUGACCCCUUCAGUGCAACCAGCAACAGCAAUAAUUCCACGACAGAAACACUGAAGUAUAAUGAUCCUUUUGCUCCUGGUGGAAUUGCUGUUACUACAUCAAGUGAUACAGCUACAGAUCCCUUUGCCUCUCUGUUUGGAAAUGAAUCAUUUGGAAGCGGCUUUGCUGACUUCAGCACAUUGUCAAAGGCAAAUAAUGAAGAUCCAUUUAGUUCAUCUACAACAGGCUCUGUCAACAAUGUGGUCAUAACUAAAAAUGUGUUUGAGGAACCUCCAGCCAAAAAUGAAGAUGUACCUCCUGCUUUGCCUCCUAAAACUGGAACACCUACCAGACCUUGUCCUCCCCCACCUGGAAAAAGGCCUAUCAACAAAUUGGAGUCUUCGGAUUCCUUUAAACUGAAUGAUCCCUUCCAGCCCUUCCCAGGCUGUGAUGGUUCCAAAGAACAGGAAGCUGACCCAUUUGCUCCCACUGGUGUGUGCAAAGAGAUGGACACCAGCAAUUUUGCUAAUUUCAGUGCUUAUCCUACUGAAGAAGAUAUGAUUGAAUGGGCAAAGCGGGAAAGUGAGAGAGAGGAGAAAGAGCGUCUUGCAAGGUUGAAACAACAAGAACAAGAAGAUUUAGAACUAGCUAUUGCACUCAGUAAAUCUGAAAUAUCAGAAGCAUGAAGAAUUGCCACAACCAUUUGUCCCUUGCCCUGUAUGUGUAUAGCUAAUCAGAAGCUGCUUAUGCACAGGGAAGUACAAAAGGCUUUAAAUUCCUGCAAAUGUGAUUUUUGAGCAAUGUAAUGUCUUAUUUGUAAUUUUUUUCAUAUUCACUUAACUCAUCUGGCUACUCUUUUUUAAUAAAGCGAAGUUCCAUUUGUACUUAC